GACCGCAGACGAAGUUCUCUCAUCAACAAGAUCACUCAGCAACCAUGAGGUCUCUGGUGUUUGUUCUGCUCAUUGGAGCUGCUUUUGCCUUGGAGGACGACAAGAUCGUCGGAGGGUAUGAGUGCACACCCUACUCUCAGCCCCAUCAGGUGUCUCUGAACUCCGGCUACCACUUCUGCGGUGGCUCCCUGGUCAACGAGUUGUGGGUUGUGUCUGCUGCUCACUGCUACAAGUCCCGUGUUGAAGUGCGUCUGGGAGAGCACCACAUCGGCAUCACUGAGGGAACUGAGCAGUUCAUCAGCUCCGCUGCUGUCAUUCGUCACCCCAGUUACAAUAGCUACACCAUCGACAAUGACGUCCUGCUGAUCAAGCUCAGCAGACCCGCCACCCUCAACCAGUACGUGCAGCCUGUGGCUCUGCCCAGUAGCUGUGCUCCUGCUGGCACCAUGUGCAAAGUCACUGGCUGGGGCAACACCAUGAGCGCCACUGCUGACAGUAACAAGCUGCAGUGUCUGGACAUCCCCAUCCUGUCUGACAGGGAUUGUGAUAACUCCUACCCUGGAAUGAUCACCGAUUCCAUGUUCUGUGCCGGAUACCUGGAGGGAGGCAAGGACUCCUGCCAGGGUGAUUCUGGUGGCCCCGUUGUGUGCAACGGUGAGCUGCAGGGAAUUGUUUCCUGGGGAUACGGAUGUGCUGAGAGAGACCACCCUGGUGUCUAUGCCAAGGUCUGCCUCUUCAACGACUGGCUGCAGAGCACCAUGGCCAACAACUAAACUGGAUUC